CUGUGUUAGAAAAACGAAGCUAAGAGACAUGAGAAAAAGACAGACAAGAUUACAUAAAUGAAGCGCACACAGUAUAUAAACGUCAAACGCAGCUUGUCUUCUCGUUUGGAGGAUAUCGAUAUCUCAGAUUUCUAUUGCAAACUUGAUUAUUCAAUCUCGUGUGUUUUUUCCGGAAAAUCACCUGUUUCAGGUAUAAAAAAAACCUCAAAAUGGACUCAUGUAUGCAAACAGCCUGUAACGCUGCGCAAUCACCGAUGCCAGGUUCUGUUUUCUCUCAACUGAUACAUGUGAUGUUAGUGUCACAAUGCAGUUUAGCCAGCCAGGAUUAUCCUGCGGAUCGUACAGAAGAGGUCCUUGCUUCAAAUAGAGAAUUUGAUUUCGUGAUUGCCGGAGCUGGCACAGCGGGAUCUGUUUUGGCUUACAGGCUGACGGAAAUAAAAGACUGGAACAUUUUAUUGAUCGAAGCUGGAGAUGAUCCUAAUCCUGAAAGCGACGUUCCUGGACUCAUGUUACUUCAGUUCGGUGCAGCUCAGGAUUACGCGUAUCAGACCGAACCGCAAGAAGGCUUCUGCCAAGGCAUCAAAAACAAACGUUGCAGAUGGUCAAAAGGCAAAGUCCUGGGUGGCAGUACAGUGAUCAACGCCAUGUUGCACGUCUUCGGCAACGACCGCGACUUCAACACGUGGUCCGAGUUAGGUAACCCAGGAUGGAGCUACGACGAAGUGUUACCCUACUUCAAAAAGUCCAUCAACUGCCCCAGCGACUACAUAUCAAAAUGGGGCUCCAAGUACUGCGGGACUGACGGACCCAUGAACGUCAGGAACUACAACUACUCAGCAACGGAAAUUCAGGACAUCGUCCUAGAAAGUGCGCGGGAGCUAGGCGUGGACAUUUUGGAACCCUUAAUCAACGAUCGAUAUAUCGGGUACGGCAGAGCGUUGGGCACAAUCGACAAUGGGCGACGGGUGAACGCAGCGAAAGCUUUCCUGUCGCCCAUCAAGGACCGCGAGAAUCUGUUCGUGAUGAAAUCUAGCCGGGUGGACAAAGUCCUGAUGGACGGUGCUCGAGCAACGGGAGUGCGGGUCACGUUGAAGGAUGGUCGAUCGAUCGAGAUAAAGUCGCGGAAUGAAGUGAUACUAUCAGCAGGGAGCAUCGCCAGCCCACAGCUUCUGAUGUUGUCGGGUAUCGGACCCAAGGAACACCUGGACCAGAUGGGCAUCCCUGUGGUGGCUGACCUUCCCGUAGGCAGGAACCUGCAGGACCACCUGGCGUGGUUUGGAAUUCACAUCCUCUACGUGAACGAGUCAACCACUCCACCCACAUCCACGUACGCCAUGGACAUCGCUUAUGAAUACCUGGCGCGCAAUUCUGGGGAGCUGGCUGCCUUCGGUGUCGACCUACUAGGCUUCACUAACGUGAACGACCCUGAGUCCAAAUACCCAGAUGUGCAGUUCAUCUUCAGCCACUUCCCGCGCUGGAACGCGCACAAAGCGGCCAUCUUGUCGAGUGCCAUCAACGCUGAAGAAGAGUUGCUGCCGGCGAUAUACAAAGAAGUCAUGCAGGGGGAUCUGCUCGUACCGUGUGUCAUUUUGUUGAACCCCAAGAGCGUGGGUGUUGUGGAGCUGAGGAGCACGGACCCGGCUGAGCCUGUGAAGAUCUACGCGAAUCAUUUGCAGGAAGAGGAGGAUCUGAGGACGAUGUUGAAGUCUGUGGACGCUGUUAAGAGACUGAUUAAUACCGAAACCAUGAAGAGGCAUGGAAUGCGAGUGAGUCAUUUGGAGGUGCCGGGGUGUAAACACACGACACCGGACUCUGAGGAGUACUGGGAAUGCAGUAUAAGGCACAUUGCGAGUUCGCUGUUUCAUCCGGUUGGGACGGCGAGAAUGGGUCCUAAUGGGGACUCCAUGGCGGUUGUGGAUCCUAGGUUGAGGGUCCAUGGGGUCAAGGGACUUAGAGUGAUAGAUGCGUCCAUCAUGCCGAAUAUUGUCAGUGGAAAUACUAAUGCUGCGACUAUGAUGAUCGCGGAGAAGGGGGCCGAUAUGGUCAAGGACGACUGGGGGAAGCUUAGGGAGGAACUAUGAGAGUUUUGGUGAAAAAUUGUGAUUGUUGUUGCUUAUUUAUGCAUUUAUGGAUCUCGCUAGAGUUGUAAAUAUUCGAAUAAUUAGAAUGAGUUGAAUACGGUGUUGAAAUUCAUAGUUCAUGGUUUCGUUAUAGUUUACUCGUAAGGUUGGGAGCACCGAUUUCGUUUAAACUUGGUAUAAUUAUUGGGUGCAUAGAAAGUAAUUAUUUUUCAAAACCAUAGCGCACAACUUUUUGAAAUAAGGGAGAAGGUAGGGUCAAGUUUGACUGAAUUAGGUAUAUCGUAAUACAUCACGUAGAAUCAUAAUACUAAAAACUGUCAAAUAGAAGUUUGGUAUAUUGACAAAAUAAUUGAAGAUGUACAGUAGACUUUUGUUAUAUGGUCAUUUUCAUGUGACAAUUCAUGCACAAAAUGUUUACGUAUACUCUAAAAAUUUUAGAAGAUGCAAGAGCUCGAUGCAAAUGGUAAAAUAACAUAUUUAAAAAGAAAUACGGCAAACUCCCGUUAUAUGGCCAUUUUCAUAUGGACAUUCCUAAAUGAAUAUCAAAAGAAGAAAGUUUCCUUAUUCAUUCAAUAUAGCAUUUAACGUAUUUCAGUCAAUAUGACAAUUUCAAAAAUGUUCAACUACCAUCUGCAAUAUAUCGCGAGUGUAUAGGACAGGAGGAAUAUAAACGAAUUUGAAAUUAAAUUUAAAUUUGAAAUCAUAGUUAAGGUCAGUUAAGAUUCUGUUUUACCAUUUGUGUGAUAAAAUUAGCGGCGAUAUAUCGAAUCAUUUCAUAACUAAUGACUAUAACU